UUGCUAGUUGACAUUAAAAGUGUGAAUAACAAAGAAGAAAAAUGUAUUUAGAGUAAACCACAUCACUGAGAGAAACCUGUUUGUUAAAUAUGUGAUCUGUUUGGUUUAAAGGUAUAAAGGUAGUGAAGCUGCAUUAGGUUUGAUCUGUGUCUCUGUGUGUGUUUGUGAGAUGGCAGAAGCCAGUAUAUCAUGGGCUCAGGAUCAGUUCAGAUGUUCAGUAUGUUGGGAUCUCCUGAAGGAUCCAGUGACUGUUCCCUGUGGACACACUUACUGUAUGAGAUGUAUCACAGACUGCUGGAAUCAAGAGGAUCAGAGAGGAAUCUACAGAUGUCCUCAAUGCAGAGAAACCUUCAGUCCACGACCUGUUUUAGGGAAGAAUGUGGUGGUCGCUGAGAUGGUGGAGAAACUGAAGAAGACAAGAACUGAAGUUAGUGAAGAUGUGAAGUGUGACACCUGCACUGGAAGAAAACUCAAAGCCAUCAAAUCCUGUCUGAUGUGUCUGAACUCUUACUGUCAAACUCAUCUUGAUCAACAUGAGAAUUUCUUCAGAGAUAAAAGACACAACUUAGUAGAAGCCACCGGACGACUGCAGGAGAUGAUCUGCUCUCGACAUGAUAAAAUGAUUGACAUGUACUGCCGAACUGACCAGCGAUGUAUUUGUAUGUUGUGUAUGGUGGAUGAACACAGAAAUCAUGACACUGUAUCCAUAUCAACAGCAAGCGCAGAGAAACAGAAUGAAGUUCAUCAGAAGAUCCAGGAAAGAGAGAAAGAUCUUCAGAAGCUCAGAGAGACGGUGGACUCUUAUAAGAGAUCUGCACAGACAGCAGUGGAGGACUGUGAGAUGAUAUUUACUCAACUGAUCUCUGAAGUAACACAACUGAUCAGAGAUCAGGAGAAAACUGCAGUGAGUCGAGCUGAAGGACUUAUGGAGGGACUGAAGCGAGAGAUUGAAGAUUUAAAGAGGAAAGAUGCUGAAAAAAAGACGCUUUCACAAACACAAGUUCACUUUCCGUUUCUUAAGAGUUUCCAGUCUCUUUCUCUCUCUGGAUCUACAGAAAACUUCAAUAUCACUCCCGACGUCACUUUUGAUGCUGGUAUGAAAUCUAUCACUCAGUAUAGAGAGAAACUGCAGCGUUUCUGCAGAGAAGAGAUGAAGAAGAUUUCUGUGACAAACACCCAGAUGAGUUUGAUUGCUGAACCCAGAAACAGGAGGGAAUUCCUGCAAUGUUUCCAUCAGUUCACACUGGAUCCAAAUACAGUGAAUUAUGGUAUUAAACUGUCCGAAUGGAAUAAAGCGGGUACACUCGUAACUUCACACCAGCCGUAUGUGGAUCAUCCUGACAGAUUUGACGGCUGGACCCAGGUUUUCUGCACAGAAGGUGUGAAUGGCCGCUGUUAUUGGGAGGUGGAGUGGACUGGACAGGGAAAGUUGGGUGUAGAUAUAGCAGUGGCGUAUAAGAGCAUGAGCAGAAAGGGAACGGGUCUUGACUGUGCAGUUGGACGUAAUGAUCAAUCCUGGAAUUUAUUCUGCAGCCCGAGUUAUUAUUCAUUCAUGCACAAUAACAUGGAGACGAUUAUUUCUAUUAACCCAACCAUCUCAAGAAUAGGAGUGUAUGUGGAUCACAGUGCAGGAAUAUUAUCUUUCUACAGCGUCUCAGACACAAUGACCCUCAUCCACAGAGUUCAGACAACAUUCACUCAACCUCUCUAUCCUAUGUUUGGUCUGAAUGAGCGUACGGCAUUCAGACUGUCAUCUAACAUUAUUAAUGAUAUUGAGAUUCUGCAAAUAGCAUUUUUCUCAAAUUAAGGUUUGAAUAAAUUGACAUUUUUAACUAAUCUCAAAUUUGUGUGAGACAAAACAAUCAUUUUAGGGUGAAUUAACCCUACAAGCCUCAUUUAACAUUUAAAACAGCUGGUAAAAACACUUUUUUGAUGCUACUAGAUCUGCUAAUAGAUCAUGAUGUACUUUUUUGGCGUUUAGCAUUUGAUUGAUUUGGUAUCAAGGGUGCCACCUUACAGUGGUUCACUUCAUAUCUUAGAGACAGGUCCUUUUCUGUAUCAUUGGGAACAUUUUCCUCGUCCUCAGCUCCAAUUAUUAGUGGUGUACCUCAAAGUUUUAUCUUAGGACCGCUCCUCUUUAAUUUAUAUAUGCGUCCAUUGGGGAAUAUUAUCAGAGACCACAAUGUUUGGUUUCGUUUAUACGCUGAUGAUACUCAGUUGUAUAUUUAGUUAAAAGCUGCUGAUUCCAUCCAACAGUUGUUGGACUGGUUUGAUGAUGUUAGGAAAUGGCUUGGUGUCACCUUAGACGCUGAAUUAUGUUUAACCAAGCAAAGAAAUUCAGUUGUUUACAAUAGUUUUUAUCAAUUAUGGAUUAUUUCUAAAAUUAAUUCAUUCUUGUCUUCUCAAGAUUUGGAGAAGGGUCAUUCAUGCUUUUAUCAUGUCCCGUUUAGAUUACUGCAACUCAUUUUAUUUUGGUCUUCCUCAGUCAUCCAUUUCUUGCCUCCAGAUUGUUCAAAAUGCAGCUGCAAGGAUGUUAACCAGAACAAAGAAAUUUGACCAUGUCACCCCAAUCUUAGCAUCGCUCCAUUGGCUCCCAGUCCAUUUAAGGAUUCAGUUUAAAAUUCUUUUGUUUGUUUUUAAAGCGCUUAAUGAUCAAGCAUCCUCUUAUUAUUCCACACUCCUCUAGUAGACCCUUAAGGUAUGCUGAUCAGUACAUGCAUACCGAUGUCCCUUGAUCAUGUUUAAAAACCAAAAGCGACAGAGCUUUUUCAGUUGCUGCCCCUCGCUUAUAGAAUUAGUUGCCACUUUAGUUGUCUUAUUGUUUUUAAGAAGAGGCUGAAAAUGUAUUUUUAUCCUAUGUGUUUAAAUCUAUUUUUACUACUGUGUUAUUUUAGUAUAUUGUCUUCCAUGUUGUUUUAUUUUGAUUUUAUUUAUUAUUAUUAAUUUUCUAUACUCGGUAGUACCGCACUUUGGCUUUGCUGUGUUUAAAUGUGUUAUGUAAAUAAAACUUACUUUACUUACUUACUUCUGUGAUCAAUACACAUGUCAUUCUUAUUUAGUUUAAUUUUUGGAUUUUAUUAUCAAGCAUUGUGUCAGUUUGCAGCUUUGUAUCAGUUGACAGUCUGUUUCUGAAAUAAACUAAUCAAGUUUUGACACACAUCAAAGAUUUAUUUGAAUUUGCACACUGACUUUAAAUCCCACCUCCAUAACCAGCUCCACCAGAGAUCUUUCAUCAUCUAAUCUGAUUUGUUUUCAGUGAUAGCACUUUUGUGAUACAUUGUAUUCAUAUAAUUAAUUUAUAAACAGAUGUAUUUUAGUUUUACUGAAGAGAUGUGACUUGUUCAGGUUGUACAUGUAAUAAGAGUGAAGUGACUUAGAUCAAUAAAUAAAAUGUGAAA